AUGGGCGAGUCGGGUUCUCCUUCCCUUGUCUUGCUGCUGGUUGCUGCCAUGGCGGCGGCGAUGGUGUUCGUCGCGUCGUCGCCGGUGGCGGCCUUCCCGGUGGCCGGAUUGCCGGAGGCGGAGCCCCCGUUCCCGAACCCGUGGCUGGCGUUCCAGAACCUCUCCGGCUGCCACAUGGGCGACGAGCGGGACGGGCUCGCGCGGCUCAAGGGCUACCUGAGCCACUUCGGGUACCUCCCGGAGGCGCCGUCCUCGUCGCCCUUCAGCGACGCGUUCGACGCCGACCUGGAGGCGGCCAUCGCCACGUACCAGCGCAACUUCGGCCUCAACGCGACGGGGUUCCUCGACCCGCCCACCGUGUCCCAGAUGGUCGCCCCGCGCUGCGGCGUGCCCGACGUCGUCAACGGCACCUCCACCAUGGACCGGCGGAACGCGUCGUCCGCGGGCGGCGCACACGGCCGGCACCUCUACACCUACUUCCCCGGCGGGCCCAUGUGGCCGCCGUUCCGGCGCGAGCUGCGGUACGCGAUCACCGCGGCCGCGGCGACGUCCAUCGACCGGGCGACGCUGAGCGCCGUCUUCGCGCGCGCCUUCGCCCGGUGGUCGGAGGCCACCACGCUGCGUUUCGCGGAGACGGCGUCCGAGGCCGACGCCGACAUCACCAUCGGGUUCUACGCGGGGGCGCACGGCGACGGCGAGGCCUUCGACGGGCCGCUGGGCACGCUGGCGCACGCCUUCUCGCCGACGGACGGGCGGUUCCACCUGGACGCCGCGGAGGCAUGGGUCGCCGACGGCCAAGGCGACGCGUCCUCCAGCCCCGGCGCGGUGGACCUGGAGUCGGUGGCGGUGCACGAGAUCGGGCACCUGCUGGGGCUGGGGCACUCGUCGGUGCAGGGCGCCAUCAUGUACCCGACCAUCAGGACGGGGACGAGGAAGGUGGACCUGGAGGCGGACGACGUGCAGGGGAUCCAGAGCAUGUACGGGACCAACCCCGACUUCAAGGGCGUGGCGCCGACGUCGCCGUCGACGAGCAGCCGGGAGAUGGACAGCAGCGCCGCCGCCGGCUCCCGCCCGGGCAGCCGUGGGACUACGGCAGCGACCCGGCCCCGCGGGCCGGCGGGAAGAAGCAGGGCGGCGUGGAGAAGACCAAGGCGGCCGCGGCCACGGGGCUGA